AUGUCGAACAACAAGCUCAAGAAACAACCUCCCAUCGCCAUGUCAGCUACACUCGCACUGGCUUCCUCUUACAACACCAAACAGUCCCAGUACGAUUCUCAGGGAGCAAACUCUCAUUCGUCAACUUGGCUGCCGCAGCGGUAUAAAGGAAGUAUAGCCAAUUCAUCAUUGGUUUCGACCACGACCACUCUGGACGACAUCACAAAUGUGAAUAUGAAUACGAUGCAUAUGCAGCCUUUAACUGCGAAGGAACAGUACUGGGCGACACGUGCUUUGAAAGCAGAGGCAUUACUUGCUGCACACGAGGACCACAAGAAGGAGAUUAAGAAUUUGGGAUAUGCGCACGACAUGAAGAGAGAGCGCGAGCUUGUACAACUCGCUAAGGAACAGAAGGAAAAGCACGACACAUUAGAAAAACUCGUCAGACUUCUCGUUGGGAUCGUCUUUCUACUAAUCGGCGUCGUGGUCUAUCUUGCAACACACUACGCGCGUCAUUCAAUGUUAUUACAACAUAAACAGCAGGAAAAAUGGUGGUCAAUGAUAGGUGCUUCACAUUUCACAAUCCCAAUCCUGUCGCCUUUCACAUCAGUGGUUGAACACGAGAGCUCGGUUGUUGGUGCCAAGGUGAUAGGCACUCUCGCUGCUGUUGGAGCUUGUCUAGCCUUUUUUGUGUUCCGAAAAUGGCUUUCAACACAAGGUAAUCAUGACGCAAAUGCAGGACGAGGGGGAAUAGGGGCCAGUGGUGUGGCUGCAAUCGCGUCGGCUGUUUCGCCGAUGCCCUACAACAUUGACCGAUGA